GAUCUUCGGUAUACUGUACUCCACCAGCGUCACCUGAUCCCCUAGCAACCAGCAUGUGUCGGUGUCACCGCGAGAGAACGAGCGACUGCAGGUUUAUUACAGCUUCAACUGUUGCCAUGGCAACUCGGACGCAGAAGCUCGCUCAACCCAAACCCAACCGACUCAGAUAUCCAGACCGUCGUUCUGUUUACUGGCUGGAUAAGCUGCCACCAGAGAAGACUGGAUCCACCACUAAAAUUGAGUUAACCCCUUGCUGGUCGGAGCUAUGUAGAAGUAAAAAGUUCUACACUCAAGUCACUCACCUUUUCAUUUCCUCCUCACAUCUAACAUUCCACGUCUUCCUCUCCUCUUCCUUUCUUCUCCUCUACCUCCUCCUGCCUCCUCUACCUGUCUGUUGUUCCUUCCCCAGACUUUCUCCCAUAUGGGAGGUGAGUGAAUGGGCUCUCAGAGCGGUAGCAUCUGAUCGGCUGUGUAGUCUGGCUCAACCUCGUGCCCUUGCAGCUGGCUGGCAGCCAAACCACCCGCUGCUGGCCCCUUUGAACAGAGCCACGCAGACGGCAGUUGCCACUACACGAAUUUGCCAGCUUGCCCAACCAAAACGAAGACUGUUUCUGGAGGGCUCUGGCCACAAAUCUAAACCUGUACCCGUGACCCACAUUCCCUGCAAAGCAUCGGCACACAUAGAGCUACUUGCUACCCCUAAGCAUGAUCACCCCAAGUUCAAAGGAGAGCGCUCAGUGUGCUGGCCUGUCUCCAGAGCAGCGAGAAACUAUACAGCCAGCCAGAGACUUCUUGAGCUGUCCAGUCCCAAAGAGAGGAAGGCGCUGUUUGAGGGAUACGACCCGUACAUAGUUAGCUGGGCAGCCCGCUCUGCCAGUCCCUCGCCUCGGAUACAACAGCUCUGUCUGCCUCUGCCUCGCAAAUGUAGCUCAAACUAGGAGGGACGAGGUCUGGCCCCUCGAGAAGUGUUGAUUUUUCUCCUUUUCGUCAUUGUGAUAGAGUUGUUUCCAUGGAAAUGAAUGUACACAUGUGUAGAAGAGUACGGCAGCAUCCAUACUGUAUAUGACCUUGUUUACUGGCCCCCGAAAACUACAAUUUCUUCUUCUUGUGCCCCACUGUGCUAAAGAGCAACGAUUAAAUUCUUCAUUGUACUUUUCAAACAA